AAAUCCGCUGUUGGAACAGCCCACUGGAAAGCCAAACAUGGCCCCUGGUUUUCACUCCCUCAUACCAAAACCAACUGUCUUUCUCUUUCAGCUAACCCUAGGACCAUUUGUUCCCUUUUAUACCCAUUCCAUCCUCACCCACCUUCUCCUUCUUCAACAGAGCUGCCAAAUUUCACAUCUCUGUCCUCCUUUUACCACUCAUCCAGUACACACUAUCCGUUCUCAAAACCGUACCUUUUGUUAUCACUCUCCAUUCUCUCUCCUCCUCUGUUUUCUCUGCUCUGUUUUUCUCGUUUUCAGACUGUUUCUUAGUUCUUUCCUCAAUUGGGUAUGCACCCAGAUCGAAAUUUUGCAUUUUCUUGAGUUUUUGAAAAUACCCAGAUCGAAAAAUUUAUAUCUUUCGGGGUUUUGAUUGAAGCUGGAAUUUUGAGUGUGAAUGGGGAUAGAGACAACAACGCCCAAUCGCAAAGGUAACAAGGAGAUUUACGGAUUGCCGGUGGAGACGAAUUCGCAUAACAAAACCAAGAAGUGCCGGCGACGUCAUCGGAAGAUGUCGCCGGUUCAGAGGCUAUACCAGACGUGCAAGGAUGUCUUUUCCUUUUGUGGUGCCGGGAUUGUUCCCUCCCCUGAAGAUAUCCAAAGGCUACGCUCUGUUUUGGAUACCAUGAAACCUGCCGAUGUCGGCCUCACUCCUGAAUUGCCGUACUUCCGGAUGACAGUAGCUAGACGAACCCCAGCAAUAACAUACCUGCACCUGCACGAGUGUGAAAAAUUUUCAAUGGGGAUAUUUUGCUUGCCACCUUCAGGUGUCCUUCCCCUUCAUAAUCACCCUGGAAUGACGGUUUUCAGUAAACUUCUCUUUGGGACCAUGCAUAUCAAGUCAUAUGAUUGGGUGGCUGAUGCACCAGAGGACAAAUCCACAAGUGCGAAUCCUUCACCAGCUACCCCUCCUGGUGUUCGUUUGGCCAAAGUUAAGGUUGAUGCCGAUUUUACUGCUCCUUGCGACACUUCCAUCCUAUAUCCAGCUGAUGGAGGGAACAUGCACUGCUUCACAGCAGUGACAGCAUGCGCGGUGCUUGAUGUGCUCGGUCCCCCAUAUUCUGAUCCCGAUGGUCGACACUGCCAAUACUACCUUGAUUUCCCAUUUUCUCAUUUCUCAGUUGAUGGAGUAUCAGUGGCUGAAGAAGAGAAGGAAGGUUAUGCUUGGCUUCAAGAGAUAGAGAAACCGGAGGACUUAGCCGUAGAUGGAGCCAUGUACAGAGGCCCCAAAAUAGUGGAGAAUUGAUCUGAUUUCACCAUUCCAUUUUCACUUGUCUAUUGUCUACAUCGCCAUGCCAUCUCCAUCUCCAUCGCCAUUCCAUUUCAUCCAUCCGCGUCACCAUUCCGUUGCUUCCGUCGAUGUUGUCAGUGGCUGCUUAAUUGAGGGCAGCAGCAGUACUUUUGUCCUGUUUUCUUUUUUGCUCUGUAUGUCGUUUUUCUCUUUUGUCUUCUUGUUCGUGGGACAUGAGGCACUUGGUGGGUUUUUUUUUUCAACAGUUGAUGUACAUAACUAAAAAAGAAAAAGCAACAACGAAUAGAAAUGUUCUAAGUGCACUGGAAAUGAGGAUGAAAGUGCGCACUGAUGAGACAACUAAUUGUCGUUUUGGUUGCACCCUCUGUUUCAUACUUGGCUUGGCUUUAACCCUCC